AUGGCCUUCCAUUUUCAGCUCUACCUCCCCUUUAAUUUGCAGGUCCUUUCUAUUCACAUUUUACUAAUACUAGCUCUAGCUAACCCACAUCCUGUAUUUUGCUACUACAAAUCUAUUUUCAGUUUCGGGGAUUCACUCACCGACACCGGAAAUUUACUCCGUCAAGAAGCCAAUAAUCAUACAUUUCUCAGCCGAUACCCUUAUGGAAUGACAUAUUUCCAUCAUCCCACCGGUAGAUGCUCCAAUGGCCGUUUGGUAGUCGAUUUCAUUGCUCAGUAUCUGGGACUCCCACUGUUACCUCCAUAUCUGUCACUAAAUAGCAGCUUGGAUUUCAAGCAAGGAGUGAAUUUUGCAGUCGGAGGAGCUACUGCUUUAGAUAACGAUUUCUUCAGAAAGAGAGGCAUUCACAAUCAAUACACUAAUAACUCUUUGGGAGAUCAACUUGGUUGGUUCAGAGAACUAUUGCCUUCCCUUUGCCAUUCUUCUUCAGGUUGCAGAGAUAGUUUUAGAAGAUCUCUGUUCCUCAUAGGAGAGAUUGGAGGAAACGAUUACAACCACCCAUUGCUGCAAGGGAUAAGCAUUGAAGAGGUUCUAUCAUUUGUACCUGAAGUUAUUAAAGCCAUAUCCUCUGCAAUUCAGACACUGAUCGAUCAUGGCGCUGCAACAUUAGUGGUCCCUGGGAAUUUUCCAAUUGGAUGUUUCACAAUAUAUUUAUCACGAUUUCGAAGCUCAAACAGGGGAGAUUAUGAGCUUGGGACAGGGUGCUUAAAAUGGCCGAAUCACUUGGUAAAGUAUCACAACUAUGUCCUCCAGAAAGAGUUGGAUCGGCUACGAAAACUCUAUCCCAAUGUUUCAAUAAUCUAUGCCGACUAUUAUAAUGCAGCUAUGCGUUUCUUUCGGUCUCCUUACCAAUUCGGAUUCUUGAAGGGGGCACUUGCAGCAUGUUGUGGAGGUGAAGGUCCAUAUCAUUACAAUUCAUCGGUGCAAUGUAGCUAUAGUGGUUCAACAAUUUGUGAGGAUCCUUCUUUAUAUGUAAACUGGGAUGGUCAACAUCUUACCGAAGCUGCUUACAGAGAGAUCGCCACAAGUAUACUUGUGGGACCUUACACCAUUCCUCCCCUUGACAUCUCCAAUGUAUCACUACUGCAGAACAUAUAA